AUGUCAGGCUACGGUAGCUACGACGGCUCUGGCUCCGGCUACAACCAGGGCGGCGGAUACGGGCAGCAAGGAGGCUAUCAACAACAGGGUGGUUAUGGACAAAACGACUACAAUGGCAGUGGUGGAUAUCAGCAGCCUCCUCCUCACCAACAACAAUCUCACCAUGGCUUAGCCAGCCAAUACUACGGUGGUCAAGGAGGCCCUCAAGGCUACGGUCAACAAGGAGGUUACGAUGCGGCACCUCCUCAGUACCAGCAGCUUCCUUCUGCUGCAGCCCACUCAUCCAACUCCGGUCGCAACUCCUUGAACCAAGGCCAUCAGAAUCAAUAUGGCGGCGAAGGUGACCCUGAGGGUGACCGCGGUAUCAUGGGUGGUAUUGCUGGUGCGGCAGCAGGAGGAUAUGGUGGUCAUGCUCUAGGCGGAAAAGCUGGCCACGGCGUAGCAGGCACCGUCAUCGGAGCGCUCGCGGGAGCAUUCGCCGGACACAAAGGCCAAGACGCGGUAGAAGACAAAUGGGACGAGCACAAGGAGAAGAAGAAAGAAGAGGAAGACCGUAAGCGAUAUGAAGAGGAGGAGGAGCGCCGACGAAAGUACGGACAGCAACAUGGCGGUCCUCCCCCAAUCCAACACCACCAAGGUUCCGGCAACCGCUCGAACGACCAGCGCACCCCGGGAGACUUUGGCGGAAACUUUUCUGAUUCAUCUCGCGAUAUCAGGCUCGAUGCCCAUGGCGACUACACACUCCACGCCCAAUGCCGCCGAGCAGAUGGCUCUUACCAAUCUUCUUCCAUCUCCCUGAACCGCAUCCUGGAAAACGACGGCGGAAGUUUCCGCUGGUCAGGCUCCAACAACAGCGGCGGUGGCGAGAACACUUACACCGUCCAGCAAGGCGACACCCUCCGUGCCAUUGCCUCCCGUUUCUCCCACUGUUCCUACGAAGAGCUCGCUCGCCACAACAACAUCGCCAACGCGGACCAGAUCUGGCCAGGCCAGAACCUACGUAUUCCAGGCGGAAACAGCAGUCGUGGAGGUGGCGGCUUUGGCAAUUCUGCGCGCAACAUGACGUUGAGAGAUGGUGGACAGAGGCUGGAGGGUGAUUUGGAACAUCAUGGCCAGUGGCAUAGGAGGGAGAUCAACCUGGAUGAGAGAAUUAGCAACCAGAAUGGUGCUUUGGUGUUCGUUUAA